CUCGCGCUUUCUCUCUUUUCCCGUCAUUUCUCUGUACUCCAGAUCAAUAUAAAUCUAACAAUAACGCAAUGGACGCUGACACACGAUCGAUUCUUACAGAGCUACAAAAAGCUCAAAAUAGCAGGCCUUCACGCGGUGCGCCAAACAACCGACUUCUAGACGGCAUGUCGACAUCCCUCACUCGCAAACUCGAUACCAUGUCAAGACAAGAGCUAAUUGAUCUUAAAGAACGAAACGAGAAACUCUUUGCCAACUCGAACCUCAUGAGCACAUUACCAGACAAAGGCGCAAAACUGCGGACUAGUAUCGAACAGAUCAACGCUUUAUUACAAAAGCAGGAUAUCGCGAAAGGAAUGUCAGAAUUAUCGAUAAAUCCUUCUCCGGACAUGCGUAAACGAUCAGUUGAUCAAGCGAAUGACCUGGCAGACAAGCGGGAUGCUAGCAAUAGUUUGCUAGCUGCGAAAACGAUGGGAUCACAGUCGAAAACACGUAUGAUGCGCAUGGAUGAAUCCAUAAAACUAGAGCAAGCACAACAGCAACAAAUUAAGGUAAUAUGAUGUAUCAUAAGGGUGACGCGUUACAUACAACAACAGCCUUGUUUACGCAAAUGCUUCUGUGGGGAUAGGAUGAAAAAUUAAGGCGCCAACUGCAAGCGAUGA